CGUGGUUUCUGAUGGCAACGCUGCUUCUAUCAAGGUCUUCAUCGACUUCUGAUCGACAUUUUAGGUUGGGAUUUCGGUGUGAGCGUUUUUACUCAAGCUUGGCCGUCUUUCAAAUUAGUAUCAACCAGAAGAGCUAACCAGAAGUAUCUUAUGCCUCACAAAAGAUGGAGAUUCAAUGUCGCAAUCCCGAUUAGACAACUCCCAUUGAAACGAGUAGUUGAACGUACGCUGCAUUUGAAAAUGGAAUUAGAAUGAUAGCAAGCUUGGGGUCAUCUUCAAGUCCGACAGCACAACGAUGGAGAUCAAACCAAACCAAGCAUGAUUUUAAGUCUUCUCAGGCGUUGACUUGAUAUGGCCACUGGUUUCACACGUACGCCAUCAGCCAGAGAGAAGACUAAUCACACAAGACUGUCAAGGCUACUGGUUGACAUUGGAAGACGUGUAUUGCAAGAUGUCUUUGAUUCUAUUCACCCAGCUUCUACUCUGCAUGGAGUUCUCAACUCGGUACAAAGUAAACUUAAAAAGCUACCCUCAAAUGUCCUUAAUAAGGAACAAUGGAAUAUACUUUACCCUUCGUCUGGCGUUGCAGAAUCAAAAAACUUUGAAUUCACACUGCUUUUAACGUUGUUACGAAAUAUAUGUAGUCUAAGGCCUCCUGGUACGGGGUGGAAAAAAGAACCAAUGCCAACAGAUUUAAGUAUGGAAGCUGACUUGGUUAGGAUUAGGCUGUGUCGGAAUUAUCUUGCGCACCAGGUCCACCAUGCUUUGACUGAUGAUGAAUUUGAAAAGAAAUGGGAUGAAACCGAGGCAGCUUUGAAUAGACUUGGAAAAUCAAAAUAUAAAACACAGAUUCAACAUCUCAAGUUUACAUCGAUAGAUCAUGAGAAGGACAUGUGUUUUUACGGCCUUCUGAAUUCGUUGGAAGAUGGGGAAGUUGCCCUUCGAAGUAUAAAUGACACUGUCACAAAGGAACUUCAAACGUUGAAUGAAAAAGUCGAUGUCAUCAACGAAACUGUACAAGGCACAGAUCAGCUUGACAACAUUCGUCAUUCAAUAGAAAACCUCCAUGAAAAACUGGAUGACGAAUACGCAAGAGAUAACAGAGUAAAUGAAGAAGAAAUGCUUCAACAAUUUAAGAAUUUACAUUUGAAACUUGAUUCAUUUAUCAUGUCUGACAAAGAGAAAGAUAGGAAGGUACAAGACGAUAGCUGUUCAUCACGAGUCACCGAGGUAGAGAACAACCAAAGUGCUCCAUCAUUCAUUAAGAAUCCUGUAUCUUUUACAUUGGGCAAAUUUGCUAAACGGAGACUUAGAAAAAAGGCAAAAUCGUAUUCUAAGAAGCUGAAGACUGCGAUCCUUGAAACGACAGAAAUGCAAGAAAAGCCACCAGAAGGAGUAAGUGUAUCCGUGGUACAUACUUCCAAGACUGAUGAAAUAUUCACCAAUCUGACAGUUCAUCAUCGACAGCAUUUCAGCUCAAGCAAAGCUGGUAAAACAGUGACAGAAAUCAAAAAGUGCUCAGAGAUCUUUGUAGGAGGAGAACAAGAUAACCCCAAAUCCAUACUUGUCGCUGGAAAAUCCGGCGUAGGAAAAACUUUGUUCUCGCAGAAACUCAUUCGGGACUUAGCCGCCAAAUUCAUUUCGAUCCCUGAUGUCAAGUUCACAUACCUUUUGAAGUUCAGGGACCUCAAUGACUUAAUCGACAAAGAUAUGAAUCUCAAAGACCUACUUAAUCACUCCCCUUUGCUAGACCAAAACACCAUGAUAAAUGAUGAUGUCAUGGAGUAUUUCAUUGAUCAUCCAGAGAAGUUAUUUAUUGUUCUUGAUGGAUUUGAUGAAUAUACAAACCAAAACAAAAUAGAUGGUCAUUUUAGAGGGCGAUUUCCCAAUGAUGUUCAAGUGAAGAUGCCGGUAUCUGACUUGGUUAGCAAACUGGUCCAAAAACAGAUCAUGAGAAAAGCUACAAUCACAGUCACAUCAAGAGUUGGCGAAGCUCACGAAUUGGACCAAAAAAUUCACUUUGACCGCUACGUAGAAAUUGCAGGUUUCUCUGAAUUGCAAGUCAUCAAAUAUGUGGAGAAAUAUUUUCAAGAUAAGAGCGAAGUAAUGAAGGCAAAAGCGCUGGACAAAGUCAAAGGAUCAGCACCCUACAUUGAAUUUGGUAGCAUCCCUUUUCGAUGCUUCCUUAUGUGUGUGUUCAUCGAGUGGGAAAUCAAAAAUAACCGAGACGAAUCCGCUCCUGUAACACUCACUGAGUUUUAUAGUAAUGUCAUUAAGUGCAUAGAGAGAAAUUAUAAUAAGGCAAUACUCAGUUUGAAGGAGGAAGACGCUUCUUUGGCUGUAGACAAAACUCUCGAUAAUUUUGCCAAAUUAGCGGCAUAUUUAGUUCCAAAAGAUAGAUUUAGUUUCAGCGUUGAAGACUUAGAAAGGCUAGAAUUAACGGAGGAUGAAAUCUUCCACAUCAAAAAAAGUAAUCUUCUAUUUCGUUAUCCUGUUUCCAGUAAUUCACCUUUUAAUCCACGCUAUGUAUAUAGCUUCACGCACUUCACCAUCCAGGAGUUUUUCUAUGCUUGGCAAUUGAUGAAGAUGGAGGCAAUGCCUCAGCAAGGAAUCCAGCAUGACAUGGUGUGCAUAUUCCUGAGUGGUUUGUUUGGAAUACAUAGAAAGGUUGACUCGAUGGUAAAAUUACUAAAUCACCUGGCUGGACAAGUUCAGGUUCACAAUAAAGACAGACAAAGAGUUUACUCAUUGCGUUGCCUUUACGAAUUUGGCCAAGACCAAGAAUUCACAAUAGAUGAACUGACUUCAAACCGUUACUACAGAUACUGGGAUGAUACUAUUGCUAGGAAGAUUAAAUUGGAUGGCGUAACCGACACGGACUGCAGUGCAGUUGCCAUGCUAAUAAAUAAUCAUCCCGUAACAUUAUCUUCGCCACCACAACCACGCGCAUUGCACAUUUUUAAGUCUUCGAUAACUUGCUUUGGUUUGAAGACUUUAUUGCCACCUCUCACCAAACCAACCUGCAAUAUCGCUACACUUGAAUUAUCCGAUUGUCAACUGGAUGACAGAUGCGUGGAGUGUCUGAGCCAAUACUUGUCACAGACAAAGUUAACCAUGCUGAAACUGGGUAAUAAUGAAAUAACUGAUCUUGGAGUGAUUGACAUCGUGAAUCAUUGUUCAAGCUCGCUACAAUACCUACAUUUGGUUGGUAAUAACAUUACUGACAAUGGAGUUGAAUAUAUAGUUAGUCAAUGUCAAAGUAGUAUAACCGGGCUUUAUCUUAGCAAUAAUGAAAUCACAGAUGUUGGGGUUAAUCACAUCAUGGAACGCUGUCCUAGUACACUAACCUCUUUAACCCUACUUAACAAUCCAGUGUCUGAAAAAUGCAGAAAUGAUGCACAGCAAUUUUUUAAAGGUAUUGAUCACUUUUUGAUAUGAUUGAUAUAUAUAUUCGACUAGUUUACAUGUGCUUAUAAGUUUUCAAAAAAAAUGUGCAACAUUGUUGGACUGAGGCUCAACAUAUGAGAUAAAGAAAACCUUGUACAAACAAACAAUAACUAUAAAUAUAACCAUUAUGUAUUUUUUUCUGUUAGAUAGCAUUAGGUUAAAGUUUGUAAAUCACUGUUUGCCUUAAACAAGAGAUUAUGUUU